UAUUAGUAGUAGUAGCAAAACAAAUGACUUUUUGCUCUAUUUGUCCACCAAAGAAAGAAAGAAAAGCGCGAGCCCUCGCCAAGCUCAGUUAUUUUAAGCUCAUUUGCAUAUCUCCUUCUUAGAGCCAAUCAAACGCGGCGUACAGAGGGCCGACCCUCCAUGCCUCCUCUUUCUCUUCUUGCUCCGCCCCCCUCCUCCGUUUAUAAGGCGCGGUAGGAGACGCAGAAUCAUCUUAAACCGGAAGCAGACCUGCUUAAUGCUGUGACUCGCGUGCAGACCAGGAACUUCCCAGGAGCAGCUCAUCUUCCUCAUCCUCAUCCUCCUGAAGCUCCUCACCUCGUCCUUCAGGAAGAGCAGAAAAGCCUCAGGAGACACUUCAGCUGAGUUCACGUCUCCUCCGCCAUCAUGGAGUUUUCUCUGGCCCACCCUGUGAUUAAAGCCUUCAUGUGUGGUUCUCUGAGUGGAACCUGCUCCACUCUGCUCUUCCAGCCACUGGAUCUGGUGAAGACACGUCUACAGACCGUACAGAACAGUGUACAGCCUGGUUCAGGAAGGGUUGGCAUGGUAACCAUCUUUCUCACUGUUGUGAGGACUGAGAAGCUGCUAGGACUUUGGAAGGGAGUCUCACCUUCAUUUGUCCGGUGUAUCCCCGGGGUGGGAAUCUACUUCAGCACAUACUACAGUGUGAAGCAGCGGUUCUUCAGUGACCGAGCGCCGCGUCCAGUGGAGGCUGUGCUGCUGGGCGCUGGAGCUCGGUGUGUAGCGGGAGUCUGCAUGCUGCCAGUCACCGUCAUCAAAACACGCUUCGAGUGCGGGCGUUAUAACUACAGCAGUGUAUUAGGAGCUCUGUGCAGUGUGUGUCGGAUGGAGGGGCCGAGAGCGCUGUUCUCCGGACUCACGGCCACUCUGCUCCGAGACGCUCCCUUCUCCGGCAUCUACGUCAUGUUCUACAGCCAGGCCAAGAACACACUGCCCCACGAGAUAAGCGAGUCAGCGUACGCUCCUCUGGCUAACUUCAGCUGUGGUGUUGGAGCGGGUGUUUUAGCCUCUCUGCUCACGCAGCCUGCAGACGUGGUGAAGACUCACAUGCAGGUGAACCCUCAGAGGUUCAGGAGUAGCGCAGACGUUCUCACCUACAUCUACACGGAGCACGGCUCGGCCGGGUUUUUCCGUGGUGCCGUGCCUCGUUGCCUCCGCAGGACGAUGAUGGCGGCGAUGGCGUGGACCGUGUACGAGCAGCUCAUGGCUCGAAUGGGCCUCAAAUCCUGAGAGAGAGACAGAAUCUGAGACGGAUAAAAAAAAAAACAGAUGAAUAAAGAAAAGAGGAUUGAAGCAGAGAGUGAAACGGAGAAGAGACUGAAAUGUGAAGGUGAUGAGAGACUUUGAUCUGAAAGAUUGUGAAAGAGAAAGAGAGAGAGAUUUUUUGAGGUUUCAGCUUCAGAAACGAUCUCCAGACAUCUACAGAGUGCUGCGAUGAAGAACUUAUUAUCGUACAAACUACUGAGAGUGGAGAAAAAAUAACAGAGAUCAUGUUUGUACUGUAAACACCCGGAAAUUCAGCCGUCGCCUUGGAGACCUCGUGAUCUGUGAUGUCUCGAGCUCCGAUACGAGGAAGAUGUUAAGGAUUAACCGCAUGUGUACACACCAGCAUCUGUAAACAAACAAACAAACAAACUUCUGAAACUCACAAACAGCAUCAUAUAGCAGCAGCAAUACACUGAUCAGCCAUAACAUUAUGACUACCUGCUUAAUAUUGUGUUGGUCCCCUUAUUCUGCCAAAACAGUCGAGGCAUGGAAUCCCUGAAGGUGUGCUGUGGUAUCUGGCACCAAGAUGUUAGCAGCAGAUCCUUGAAGUCCUCCAUGGAGUCCCCACCUCUUCACCUCAACUUGCACGACAGAAGUAUACUUUUGAUAGAUACUGACCACUGCAGACCGGGAACACCCCAUAAGAGCUGCAGUUUUGGAGAUGCUCUGAUCCAGUCGUCUAUCCGCCAAACGUCAAACUCGCUCAAAUCCUUACUCUUGUCCAUUUUUCCUGCUUCUAACACAUCAACUUUGAGGACAAAAUGUUGACUUGCUGCCUAAUAUAUCCCACCCACUAACAGGUGCCAUGAUGAGGAGAUACUCAGUCUUAUUCACCUCACCUGGCCCUGGUCAUAAUGUUAUGGCUGAUCAGUGUACACUGUCUUUAGUUUAAAUGUUAAACGUCUCCUUCUCUAAAACUUCACCAGAUUAUGCAGAAUGUCCGGGGUUCAAGUCUCUGAUCACGGUGUUACUACAGGAAGUUAAUCGAACAGGAUUCUAGCCAAUCAGGUUCGAGAAUUCUUUGCAGGACGAUCGCUACAGAGCUGUGAUGUAACAAUUAAGUCUGAUCAGUUUGCACUAUAUAUUGUGUGUGUGUGUGUGUGAGUGUGAGAGAGAGAGAUUGCAAAGGGAGGCUUUAUCAAUGCGGAAGAAAAUGUCUCAGGACUGCGAUAUAAUUUAUUAAUUUAUUUGUUUGCACAAUGACUACCAUGAUGUUAUAUUAAUAUAUGAAUGUGUUUAUUACAUGGCUGGUUGCUAACCCGCUAAUAAAAAGUAAUGAAUUUA